AUGUCUGCGCAAAGCGGUUUGAUUGUUGCUCGACUCGAUCGGUCGCCUCCAGAGCCUUGCGCGGGGCCGAACCCAUACGCUUGCGAUUUGGCAGUCCCCUCCAUAUUAUGUCUUGUCUGACAAACGCUCGGCCUCCGGCCCCCAGACGCCGGCGCCCAGAGUCUAUGUUAUUCCAGGGUCCGUGAGGGUGUCCUGGGCUGCUCCCGUGAACAUUGGUCCCCACGAGACAGAGAGGCUCCCUGAUGACGGCCGAAGCCACCACUUCCCUCUUCAUCACCUACCAAACGCCUGUGGUACUGCAACCCGUGGUCCUGAAGCUCACGCUGCAGCGGCGCACCUGGGAGCAGCGGCCCUGUUCGCACCUCGUCGACGCGUUCCUCAAGGCCGCGCGGCCGUCCAUCCUCAAGGCGGCGGCCUUCUCACAAGGCCGCGCGCCACGCGUGGAGGACGUCGUCGACGCCGAUGAGCUGGUUUUAACGGAUGCUGCCGGUGCCACAAUCACCGCCGACGCGCCCGUCUCGGAACUGACCAAGGGCGCGGCUGUCGCGCGCGCGGCGCUGCGGCCACGUCCGAGCGCGCCGUCGACGCCCACGCGAACGCCUCAGAAAAAGAAGAAAGUUUCGUGGUCGCCGGACGUCGUCGAGCGGAGCCGCCCGCCGGCGGUCGGGCUGGUCUGCACGCUCAAGGACGCCUCGAAGCGCCUGGAUAGCUAUAUAAGGUACCACCAGCGAGUCGGCUUCGCGCGGAUCUAUCUGUACUUCGACGACGCGUCGGAGACCGCGGACAUCGAGGCGGCUCGCGGCUACGCGGACGUCGAAGUGAUCGUCCGCGACGAGGCGUUGGUCGCCGCGUGGGCAAACUUGCCCGGCUGGGCGGCCCUGAAAGAUUAUGUGCAAGACGACGUCCAGGUGCGGCAGAUGCUCAACGCGCUGCACUGCCUCCGGCGGGCGGAGGCGCGCGACAGGCUCCAGUGGCUCGUGCACGUCGACUCGGACGAACUGUUCGACCCCGGCGCGCGGUCGAUCCACGACCACUUCCGCUACCUGGAGGCGUCGCGCUUCGACUGGUUCUGCUACCACAACUUCGAGGCCGUGCCCGAAGUCGCCUAUCAGACCGAGGUUGAUCCGUUCCUCACGGUGUCGCUCUUCAAGCGGGCCGCGUGCCUCGUGCCGGACGCGGCCAAGGCCGUCUCCGAAACGUGGCGCGCGCGGAACUUUGGCAUCGACCCGUUCCUCUUCUACGCCAACGGCAAAACGUCAGUGAGGUGCGGCGUCGGCGCGUGCCCCGUCUCCGUCCACGCGUGGGGCCGCAAGGAUCCACUCCGCGGCGGCACGAACGAUCCGAGGCACAAAGCGCUGGCCCUCGACGCGUCGGUGGCGUGCCGCGUGCUCCACUACGCGUGCUGCUCCUUCGCCCAGCUCCGCCGGAAAUACGAGACGCUCGGCGCGUUCCCGAACUCGUGCGUCGCCGGGACGGUCCACCACGAGCCGGACACGUUCCACUGCAAGUGCCGCGACGCGUUCCUCACCGGGGGCCCGCCGGCGCUCGCGGCGCUGUUCGAGCGCUGCGUCGUCCUCGACGACGUGCGCGAGGCGCGGCGGGGGAUCGAGGCGGGCGUGCUCGAGCGCGUGCGCAUCGCCAAGUUUUAA